CUUCUCUCUCUUUUUUUUUUUUUUUUUUUUUUCUUCCUUUUAACUUUUAUGGCUUUGAUUUCGGCUUUUUUUGAUAUCUUACAAAGACCUACAAUUGGGGAUGUUUUCAUGGAGCUGGUGAUGUUUUUCAGUCCUCUAUGGAUUGCGGUUCUUAUAGGGCUUCUUAUCGGAUGGUCUUGGAAGCCAAAAUGGGCGAAUUUGGGGAGAGACAAAAUGGACUUUUCGGUGUCCUAUCCCACUUCAUUGUUACGAUCAUCUUCCUUUUUGCCUGGUUCGAUUUCUCCCCCAUCUUUUGCUUUUGGGUCCAUACCAAAAGGCUUUAGUUCCUUGAAGCCACAGUUGCCAAGUUGCAUUUCAUGGAUGUCUGACGAUGGGUUGGAAAAGCAGACGUUCUCUGCUCCGGCAGCUAUAACUUCCGACUGUAGUUCCUCACAGCUGGAAAGUGAAAAAUCGGUGGUUGUGACGGGGGAGGAUUUAGAACAUUUGUGUCAGCUAGUGGAGGUGAAAGAUGGGGGCCCAGCAUGGAUACAUAUGAUGGAUCGUUCGACUCCUAAUAUGAGUUACCAAGCUUGGCGGAGAGACCCCGAGAGCGGCCCUCCACAAUACCGCAGCAGAUCUGUUUUUGAAGAUGCUACACCAGAAUUGGUGAGGGACUUCUUCUGGGAUGAUGAAUUCCGAAAGAAGUGGGAUGACAUGCUUAUAAAUUCUGCGACAUUAGAAGAGUGUCCCACCACGGGAACUAUGGUUGUUCAUUGGAUACGAAAGUUCCCUUUCUUCUGUAGUGACAGAGAGUACACAAUAGGACGUCGAAUUUGGGAAUCAGGGAGAACAUAUUAUUGUGUCACCAAGGGAGUACCCUAUGAUUCGGUGCCGAGGCGCAACAAACCAAGACGUGUGGACCUUUACUACUCAAGUUGGUGCAUUCGAGCGGUGGAAUCAAAGAGAGGGGGUGGCCAGCUGACUGCCUGUGAAGUGCUACUCUUCCAUCAUGAAGACAUGGGUAUUCCAUGGGAAAUUGCAAAGCUUGGUGUUCGACAGGGUAUGUGGGGAGCUGUGAAGAAAAUUGAACCAGGCUUACGUGCCUACCAGAAAGCUAGAGCAUCAGGAGCACCACUCUCCCGGAGUGCGAUCUUGGCGCAGAUCAACACCAAGGUUAACACAGAGUACCUGAGAUCAUUAGAAACCAUCAGCGCUUCAUCAGAGGAAAAUGUGGAUUCAUCUGAGAAACCUAUGGGGAGGAACAUCCCCAAGCUCUUGGUUGUAGGUGGAGCUGUCAUUCUUGCCUGCAGUCUUGAUAGGGGCUUGUUGACAAAGGCAGUUAUAUUAGGAGUAGCCAGACAGUUCGCAAAGAUUGGGAGGAGGUUGUGACUUUGUGACUUACCAGGGACAGGGAGCAACUGGAACAAAUACCAUGGGGUUUCUGUAGAGGCUUCUGCAUUGGCAUUUGAGUGGCAGAAUGGAUCAAUCAGAUCUCAGAUUGCAUUCUUGAUUCUUCAUUUAUUAAAAAAUAAAAAUAAAAAAAAUUUCCCCAUAAUGUAUUUACACCCGACCAAGACAGGAGAAGGGAGAAGCUGUAUGGUUAGUCUACCAAAUGAAGUAUGUUUGUAUUCUGUAGAAAUAGAAAAAUGUCAUCCAAGGAUCCAAUGCCAUUGAAAUUACCGGCAGAUCCAAUCAUCCAAAUUUUCCUUUCCA